CGCCCCCCGCUCCCAUCCCCAGUUCCAUCAAAGCGCACCCAGGCCAGCGCAAGGAUCUCCGAGUUGCAAGUGUGCUGAGGCUGGGACUGUCACUCAUUCUGCGAUCAGCGCGUGAACGCAGCUCGGCGGCCGCUGGCAGGAAACAAUUCUGCAAAAAUAAUCAUACUCAGCCAGGCAAUUGUCUGCCCCUAGGUCUGCUGCUCUGCCGCCGUCCACACUCGCUGCAAGGGGGGGACACCAGAAUUUACCGCGGCAAGAACAUCCCUCCAGCCAGCAGAUUACAAUGCUGCAAACUAAGGAUCUCAUCUGGACUUUGUUUUUCCUGGGAACUGCAGUUUCUCUGCAGGUGGAUAUUGUUCCCAGCCAAGGAGAAAUCAGCGUGGGAGAGUCCAAAUUCUUCUUGUGUCAAGUGGCAGGCGAUGCCAAAGAUAAAGACAUCUCCUGGUUCUCCCCCAAUGGAGAAAAGCUCACCCCAAACCAGCAGCGGAUCUCAGUGGUAUGGAAUGACGACUCCUCUUCUACACUCACCAUCUACAACGCCAAAAUUGACGACGCGGGCAUUUACAAGUGUGUGGUUACCGGCGAGGACGGCAGUGAGUCGGAGGCCACGGUCAAUGUGAAGAUCUUCCAGAAGCUCAUGUUCAAGAAUGCACCAACCCCGCAGGAGUUCAGGGAGGGGGAAGACGCUGUGAUCGUGUGUGACGUGGUCAGCUCCCUGCCCCCAACUAUCAUCUGGAAACACAAAGGCCGAGAUGUCAUCCUGAAAAAAGAUGUUCGAUUCAUAGUGCUAUCCAACAACUACCUGCAGAUCCGGGGCAUCAAGAAAACUGAUGAGGGCACUUACCGCUGUGAGGGCAGGAUCCUGGCACGGGGGGAGAUCAACUUCAAGGACAUUCAGGUCAUUGUGAACGUGCCACCCACUGUGCAAGCCAGGCAGAGCAUAGUGAAUGCCACCGCCAACCUGGGCCAAUCUGUCACCCUGGUCUGCGAUGCUGAAGGCUUCCCCGAGCCCACCAUGAGCUGGACAAAGGAUGGGGAACAGAUCGAAAAUGAGGAAGACGAGAAGUACUUCUUCAGCGAUGAUAGUUCUGAGCUGACCAUCAGGAAGGUGGAUAAGAAUGACGAGGCUGAGUAUGUCUGCAUCGCCGAGAACAAGGCCGGGGAGCAGGACGCGUCCAUCCACCUCAAAGUCUUUGCAAAACCCAAAAUCACUUACGUGGAGAACCAGACUGCCAUGGAAUUGGAGGAACAGGUCACUCUCACCUGUGAAGCCUCAGGAGACCCUAUCCCUUCUAUUACCUGGAGAACUUCUACCCGAAACAUCAGCAACGAAGAAAAGACUCUGGAUGGGCACAUGGUGGUCCGCAGCCAUGCCCGCGUGUCGUCCCUGACCCUGAAGAGCAUCCAGUACACAGACGCUGGAGAAUACAUCUGUACCGCCAGCAACACCAUCGGCCAGGACUCCCAGUCCAUGUACCUGGAAGUGCAAUAUGCCCCCAAGCUGCAGGGCCCCGUGGCCGUCUAUACCUGGGAGGGGAACCAGGUAAACAUCACCUGCGAGGUCUUUGCCUACCCCAGUGCCACAAUCUCGUGGUUCCGAGAUGGUCAGCUGCUGCCAAGCUCUAACUACAGCAAUAUCAAGAUCUACAACACACCCUCCGCCAGCUAUCUGGAGGUGACCCCAGACUCUGAAAAUGACUUUGGAAACUAUAAUUGCACUGCAGUAAACCGCAUUGGACAGGAAUCUUUGGAAUUCAUCCUAGUUCAAGCAGACACGCCAUCCUCACCAUCCAUCGACCAGGUGGAGCCAUACUCCAGCACAGCACAGGUGCAGUUUGAUGAGCCAGAGGCCACAGGUGGGGUGCCCAUCCUCAAGUACAAGGCUGAGUGGAGAGCUAUGGGUGAGGAGGUGUGGCAUUCCAAGUGGUACGAUGCCAAAGAAGCCAGCAUGGAGGGCAUCGUCACCAUCGUGGGCCUGAAGCCUGAGACCACGUAUGCGGUGCGCCUGGCAGCCCUCAACGGCAAGGGUCUGGGCGAGAUCAGCGCGGCCUCAGAGUUCAAGACGCAGCCAGUCCGGGAACCCAGCGCACCUAAGCUCGAAGGACAGAUGGGAGAGGAUGGAAACUCGAUAAAGGUGAACUUGAUCAAGCAGGAUGAUGGUGGCUCCCCCAUCAGACACUACCUGGUCAAGUACAGAGCGAAACUCUCCUCUGAUUGGAAACCAGAGAUCAGGCUCCCGUCUGGCAGUGACCACGUCAUGCUCAAGUCCCUGGACUGGAAUGCCGAAUAUGAGGUCUUCGUGGUGGCUGAAAACCAGCAGGGGAAGUCCAAGGCGGCUCAUUUUGUGUUCAGGACCUCAGCCCAGCCCACAGCCAUCCCAGCCAACGGCAGCCCCACUGCAGGCCUGAGCACCGGGGCCAUCGUGGGCAUCCUCAUUGUCAUCUUCGUCCUGCUCCUGGUGGUUGUGGACAUCACCUGCUACUUCCUGAACAAGUGUGGCCUGCUUAUGUGCAUCGCUGUAAACCUGUGUGGAAAAGCCGGGCCUGGAGCCAAGGGCAAGGACAUGGAGGAGGGCAAAGCUGCCUUCUCGAAAGAUGAGUCCAAGGAGCCCAUCGUGGAGGUGAGAACUGAAGAGGAGCGGACCCCAAACCACGAUGGCGGGAAACACACAGAGCCCAACGAAACCACACCGCUGACAGAACCCGAGCUGCCUGCUGACACCACAGCCACUGUCGAGGACAUGCUGCCUUCUGUCACCACCGUCACCGCUAACUCUGACACUAUCACCGAAACCUUUGCCACUGCUCAGAACAGCCCCACCAGUGAGACCACCACCCUGACUUCCAGUAUUGCCCCCCCAGCCAAUGCCACACCUGACUCAAAUUCUGUGCCCCCCGGCCAAACCACCCCUUCCAAGGGGCCCAGCGUUGCCACCUCCUCCCCACCCCCAGCUUCAGCCCCCAAGGUCGCCCCCCUUGUUGACCUGAGCGACACCCCAACCUCUGCCCCGGCCGCUAGCAAUUUGUCUUCUAAUGUCCUGGCUAACCAGGGAGCUGUGCUCAGCCCAAGUGCCCCUGCCACUGUCGGGGAGGCCUCCAAGGCCGCGCCAGCCAGCAAGCCUGCCCCGGCGCCAGGCCCCGCCACGGCUGAGGCAGCCAGUUCCCUAGCAGCAGCAGCUGCCCCUGCCACAGAAGCCCCCCAGGCCAAGCAGGAGGCUCCCAGCACCAAAGGCCCGGACCCUGAGCCCACCCAGCCCGGCGCUGUGAAGAGCCCGGCCGAGGCAGCCACGGCCCUCACUAGCCCGAAGAGCAAGGCUGCCUCCAUCAGCGCCACAAACCCUGCCCAGGGCGAGGACUUUAAAAUGGACGAAGGGAACUUCAAGACCCCAGAUAUUGACCUUGCAAAGGAUGUUUUUGCAGCCCUGGGCUCUCCUGCUCCCGCCGCUGGGGCCAGUGGACAAGCCCCUGAGCUUGCUUCUUCCACUGCAGACAGCUCUGUUUCGCCUGCACCAGCAAAGACCGAGAAAGGCCCGGUAGAAGCAAAGUCGGAAUGCCCGGAGACAGAAACGAAGCCAGCGCCAGCCGAAGUCAAGGCGGUCCCCAAUGAUGCCACACAGACAAAGGAGAAUGAGAGCAAAGCAUGAUGGGUGACGAGAAACCAGCAAAGAUAAAAAUACAAAGUGACACAACAGCUUCACCAGAGCAUUUCCAAUAUCUCUCUCUCUCUCUCACACAUGCGUGCGCGCGCGCACACACACACACACACACACACACACAUCUCAUUCCUCUAGUGUCUUUUGCCUUUAAAAAAAAAAAUACCUAAACAGAUAAACAUGGGAUCUCCUUUUUGUAGGUUUAUAGAAAGGGUUCCUUUGUUGCACACUCAGUUGUAAGAAAAUGAGACAAAAAGGUUAAACCCACAGCCAAACUAGGACACUCCGUUCCCUGAAACCAUUUAAAAAUCAAACAAAAGGACCCUAAAUUAAGAAUCUAGGAAGCUCAGAAGAAAAAAAAAAUCUAGGUUCAGGAAGACCGAACUUGGUGUUGCCCAUUUGGCACAGACCAGUGUAAGAGAAAUACUUCCAGGCACUAAGACUAACCGAAUGAACAAAGUCCAAGUUUAUUUUUAUACUUUCAGUCGAGUUUGAACUCUGUAAAACCUCAUAAAUAAGUUAUCAUUUCUGUUCACUUUGUAUUUGUUCAGUAUGCAAAGUGUGUCACCCUUUCUAGCUGAAUUCAAUUCCCACCUAGACUCUUGUUUUGUAGGAAGAAUGCCAAAUUGCAGCUUGUGGGGGUAGAUCUCAAUUUGCAGUAUUCGGAUUGCUUUUUUUUCCUUUUCUUUUUUCUCUCUUUUUCUUUUUCUUUUUUUUUUUUUUUUUUUGUUCCUUUCUGCCAACUUUGUUUUCCAGUGUUUACAAGCUGACCAAUGUUUGACUUCGGUUGUAUUUAAAUGUCCAUGUAAAAUAGCUGCCUUUUUUUUUAAGUUACAAAUACUGCCUUGAGGUGGGUAGGUUGAUCACAGGCCCCUAGCGCAGGAAGACUUUACAAAGCAUGGCUGUUUACAGUGGCUCUUUCCCCCAUUCUGAUUGGAAAUGUUUGCCUGUGUGCAACUCAGGUGGAAAUCCAUCUAGUUUUGGAAGGGUUUUGCUUCUCGGUUUUUGGUUCUUUUUGUGUUUCCUUGGGGGUCGGACCACUUUCUUAUUAGCCACCACCUGCCUGUAUCUGUGAAACAGGAUCUGCUCCCAGGGCGUCCUGUCCUUCCUUAGAAGGACUCCUUAGGCUUUGUUGAAUGAAGCAGAGAAGAUUGUAUAGUUGGGGCUGGUCUUGGUGAACACACAUUUUUACCCCAAACAUCCCCUUUUUGUAGAAAGCCAAAUAAAAGAUAUACAUACCAUUUCCUUUUGAGCCCAGAAUCUAGAUUUGAGCGGAAGAGCACGUGUGCUUCAGGGAAUUAGUGUCUUUUUUUGGAAAUCUGUUGAAGUAAAGUAACAUCGGCCUUCUGUUCACUUAGGCAGCAUUGGUAGAAACAAAAGAGAAAAAAAAAAAAAAAAACGACCUGCUGUCUGGAGUCACAACACGACUUUCCUGGAUUGGAAAUCAAGUGGGGAAAAAAAAAAUACAGAAACUUUAAGGGGGAUGGGAGGGGGGGAGAAGGGAAAAGCCAGCCCUUUGUAUAGAAAUUUUGCUUUUUUUUCCUCAUUCUACUUUAGAACUGCAAGCUUGUGCACUGUGGAUGCGUGAAUAUUUUAGUGUGAAACGUGUUUUUGUCAUAGUAUUGAAAUAAAACUUCAACAUAGUUUGGUUGUGGAAGGUAUAGCAGAUAGUUCAGAAAAAAAGAAUAUUCAGGAAACAAAAAUAACUCGUAAAAGGAAUCGAAGCCUUUAAACCAUGAAAAUGAAAUUGAAACGAUGAUGGCACUGAAGAUGCCGCUAAGUAAAAGAAAUCAGUACUCUGGGCAUGCGUUCCUUUCCUAAGCAAGAGGUUAGAGUGGCAAGACCUCCCCCAAGCCCAUUCUGCGGGCUGCGCUCCCCGAUCUUCUGACACUUCUGCAAUCUGAUCAGUGGCGAUACGCUAGAUUAUCAUUUCAAACUGUGAAAAAUGGUCUUGUCAUUUGCUAAAUGUGGGGUUAUUUUGCAUUUUCUCAGCUCCUGGGGAUGGAAAUGGAGGAUCCCAGUUUACCCAGCUCCAGCCCCUUUGAAUCUAGGGCUCUCACACAUCUGUGCUUCAAAUGCACAGGCCCCAAGAACCAGCAACGGGAAGACAGUCUGGCAGCACACAGCAGGAUGGGUGCCUCGAGGUGUCUGAGACAGGGUGGACCCUGGGGAAAGCAGUGGGCUCCGCCUGCCACCAAGUCACCAGUGGAAUUGAUUCCCAGUCUUGGGAUGUUACUGGCUGUGAAGACCAGGGUCACGGCCGAGCCAUGCCUCAUGGAGACGGUGCCCUUCGCGCCAUGUGGUUGUGGUUAGGCAACCUGAUUUUGGUUUCCUUAGGAAGAGGAAGAGGUCUAGACCCUCCGAUAGCCUGGCCCAGGGCAGCUGACCUCCCCCACCAGACCCCUGGCUCCGCCGUUGUUAGCUGGAACCCAAGACUAUCCACCUUUUGGUCUGCCUCUCUCCCAUGACACAGAGCUUCGUCUCCAUGUAUGUGAGCUUUCCUUU